AGAGGAGCGAGUGUUCUGCGUGCUCGGUUAAAGCCCGAAUACCUUCACUGUGAAGGCUGGGCACUGGGCAAGAGGACCGCGGCCUCGUCGUGGCUGACAGCAAACACUCCUCACAUAUGGCUCUUUUGUAAGGACGGUUUCCAUCUUCAGUUUGGGAUUUUGCUGGAAAAGGGACGUCCUUCCAAGUCGCCCAGAAGUUUGAGUCUCCCCCCACCCCCCAGCUGGGCACCAACAAACCCACCAUGGAGAUGCAAAGGUGGUCCACGAGGUGGAAAACGAAAAGAUGGUUUAUGGAUUCCACUGUAAGCGCGUUCCUCACUUUAACUCUGCUGCUGCAAGCUGCUGUCAGAGCAGCAGAACCAGUGGAUGUCUUAAAAGUAUUAGCGUUUCAAAAUUACCCCGAAGGAGUGACUAGAACAUCUGGAUUUUGUGAGAACCGAAGAGCAUCGAGGCCUGACUCAGCUUACAGAGUUGCCAAGAACAUCCAGAUCAGUGCCCCCACCACGCAGGUAUUCCCUGGUGGUGUUUUCCCUGAAGAUUUCUCCAUCCUGACCACGUUGCGCCCAAAAUCUGGUCUCCAGUCAUUCUUGCUGUCCAUUUACAAUGAACAAGGAGUCCAGCAGCUUGGAGUGGAAGUGGGGCGCUCACCUGUUUUCCUGUAUGAAGAUCAGAAUGGCAAACCAGCCCCUGAGGACUACCCCCUGUUCCGCGCUCUCAAUCUUGCUGAUGGAAAAUGGCAUCGAGUGGCGAUCAGUGUGGAGAAGAAGACGGUUACCAUCAUUGUGGAUUGUAAAAAGACAAUCACCAAGCCUCUCCCCAGGAGCGACCACGCCUCCGUCAGCACCGAUGGCAUCACAGUGUUCGGCACAAGGAUUCUAGAUGAGGAGGUUUUCCACGGUGACAUCCAGCAGCUUCUGAUUGUUGAUGAUCCAAAAGCAGCAUAUGACUACUGUGAACAUUACAGCCCAGAAUGUGACACUCCGCAGAGGGACUCUCUACAGGCACAGGAGCCGCUGGGAGAGAGAAAGAAACGUAGUGUCACUGCGAAAAAGAAGAAGACUACAAAGUCCUCCAUUAAAACCCAGUUCCUCAAAGCCGCAAGGUUCUGGGUUCCCAAAGUGUCACCAACUAAAAAGAUUGGUUCGCCGAAGAAGUCACGGAUGCCUGGCUACCAAGCCACAGCACCGGCAGAAAACAGAAGCGAUGUUAGGCUAAACAAUUUAGAGGGCGAUUACAAUACAGGCAUUGACUACGGAACUGUAGAUGAAUCUGAAACUCAGUCACCCUUUGGCACGAGUGGCCCCAAUGAGGCUGUGGAAGGGGAUUUUGUUGGUGCAUACGCCACCGAAGCCUCUCCUGCUGCUCCAGAACGCCACACUAGCCCAGAAACACUGGACAACUUGGACACUGGUGCAUAUGACUUGAAAUAUGACGUGGAAGAGUUUGAUCUGGGCGAGGCUGACAGCAAAUUGUAUGAUUAUGGGCUUUAUGAUGAGUACGGAGUUGACCCGUCUAAACCCACGGCGGCCUACGAUAAUGGGGUAGGGCUUGGGGUCGCUGCCGAAACUGACGAUUCCGAGAGCACCAUUGCUGCAGCCUUUGGCCAGAAGGGAGAGAAGGGCGAGCCGGCUGUUAUUGAACCCGGUAUGCUGAUCGAAGGACCACCAGGACCACCAGGCCCAGCUGGUCUUCCAGGACCAUCAGGCCUCCAAGGACCCCAAGGCACCCCUGGAGAUCCUGGGGACAGAGGUCCGCCUGGUCGGGCUGGUCUGCCUGGUGCUGAUGGCUUACCAGGACCUCCGGGUACCAUGUUGAUGCUGCCAUUCCGGUUUGGUGGUGACGGCGAAAAAGGUCCAGUGGUGUCAGCCCAAGAAGCUCAAGCACAGGCCAUCCUGUCCCAGGCCAGACUGGCGAUGAGAGGCCCCCCAGGGCCAAUGGGUUUGACUGGGAGAUCUGGGCCAGUGGGUCCACCAGGUCCUGCUGGACUGAAAGGUGAAGGUGGAGACCCCGGUCCUCAAGGCCCUCGUGGCAUUCAGGGGCCUCCUGGACAAGCUGGCAAAUCUGGCAAAAGGGGUCGUUCUGGUGCUGAUGGCGCUCGGGGAAUGCCCGGAGAGCCAGGCUCAAAGGGCGAUCGCGGCUUUGACGGACUUCCUGGGCUGCCUGGUGAAAAGGGACACAGGGGGGAGCCGGGGCCGAUGGGACCAACGGGUGCGCCCGGAGAGGAUGGGCAGAGAGGCGAGGAUGGAGAGAUCGGGCCCAGAGGAUUAGCUGGAGAGACUGGUCCUCGAGGUUUGCUGGGACCUCGUGGCCCCCCGGGACCCCCUGGAGGUCCUGGCGUCGCUGGAGUUGACGGGCCUCCAGGUCCCAAAGGAAAUAUGGGACCACAGGGGGAGCCUGGCCCACCCGGGCAGCAGGGAAUUCCAGGAACGCAGGGUCUGCCUGGUCCUCAAGGCCCUAUAGGACCACCUGGAGAAAAAGGGCCACAGGGCAGGUCGGGGUUACCCGGAUUACCUGGAGCCGACGGGCCUCCUGGUCAUCCCGGUAAGGAGGGUCCGCCUGGAGAGAAAGGGGCCCAGGGUCCACUGGGUCCACAGGGUCCAAUCGGAUAUCCCGGCCCUCGUGGUGUUAAGGGUGCUGAUGGUGUCCGGGGUCUCAAGGGAUCCAAGGGAGAAAAGGGCGAAGAUGGUUUCCCAGGUUUUAAGGGGGACAUGGGAAUCAAAGGUGACCGGGGUGAGAUUGGUCUCCUUGGGCCCCGUGGAGAAGACGGUCCCGAGGGUCCUAAGGGUAGAGCUGGCCCCACAGGAGAAUCUGGACCCCUGGGUCCAGCUGGAGAAAAGGGCAAACUUGGUGUUCCAGGAUUGCCAGGUUAUCCAGGACGGCAGGGACCAAAAGGCUCAACGGGAUUCCCUGGAUUCCCAGGAGCCAAUGGAGAGAAGGGUGCAAGGGGCAUUGCUGGCAAACAGGGUCCAAGAGGACAAAGAGGUCCAACAGGCCCUCGUGGGGCUCGCGGAGCUAGAGGCCCAACAGGGAAGCCAGGUCCCAAGGGCACAGCAGGGAACGACGGUCCUCCAGGCCCGCCUGGAGAGAGAGGACCUCAAGGACCACAGGGACCUGUGGGCUUCCCCGGACCAAAGGGCCCCCCUGGACCGCCUGGUAAGGAUGGGCUGCCUGGACACCCUGGCCAGCGUGGAGAAACGGGAUUCCAAGGAAAAACUGGUCCACCGGGUCCAGGAGGUGUUGUUGGGCCACAGGGGCCCACAGGUGAAACCGGUCCUGUAGGAGAACGAGGACAUCCUGGACCCCCUGGCCCACCCGGAGAGCAGGGUCUUCCAGGUGCUGCUGGCAAAGAAGGAGCCAAGGGAGAUCCUGGACCACAAGGAUCCCCUGGUAAAGAUGGUCCCCCUGGGCUCCGAGGCUUUCCAGGAGAGAGAGGUCUACCUGGCGCCACGGGCCCUGCAGGUCUGAAGGGAGCGGAGGGACCCCAGGGUCCGCCUGGUCCGGUGGGGUCCCCUGGUGAGAGGGGUUCCGCUGGGCCAGCCGGUGCAGUUGGACUCUCUGGUAGACCUGGUCCACAAGGUCCCCCUGGUCCUGCUGGAGAGAAAGGUGCACCUGGGGAAAAAGGUCCUCAAGGUCCGGCUGGUCGUGAUGGAGUUCAGGGUCCUGUUGGUCUGCCCGGACCUGCUGGACCCCAGGGGCCACCUGGUGAGGACGGUGACAAGGGAGAGGUUGGGGAGCCGGGUCAGAAAGGAAGCAAGGGUGACAAGGGAGAGCAGGGUCCUCCUGGGCCUGCUGGUGUCCAAGGACCUGUAGGUGCCCCAGGUCCUGCUGGAGCAGAUGGAGAGCCAGGUCCCAGAGGUCAGCAGGGUAUGUUUGGGCAGAAGGGAGAUGAAGGUGCCAGAGGAUUCCCUGGACCACCUGGACCCAUUGGUCUGCAGGGUCUUCCGGGACCUCCAGGUGAAAAGGGGGAGAACGGCGAUGUCGGGCCCAUGGGCCCGCCUGGUCCUCCUGGUCCCAGAGGUCCUCAGGGUCCAAGUGGAGCUGAUGGCCCUCAAGGUCCCCCCGGUGGUGUGGGCCCGAUGGGAUCCGUGGGCGAGAAGGGUGAGCAAGGUGAGGCCGGAAAUCCCGGACCACCCGGAGAGGCUGGAACUGGGGGGCCUAAAGGUGAGAGGGGAGAAAAAGGAGAAGCCGGUCCACCUGGAGCUGCAGGACCCGCCGGUCCCAAAGGACCCCCUGGAGAUGACGGUCCAAAGGGCAACCCUGGACCUGUUGGAUUUCCUGGAGACCCAGGUCCACCCGGAGAGCCAGGUGUCGCUGGAACCGAUGGAGAACCAGGAGAGAAGGGAGAAGAUGGUGAAUCUGGUCAACCGGGACCUCCAGGCCCAUCAGGAGAAGCCGGUCCACCUGGUCCACCUGGCAAAAGAGGACCCCCAGGGGCCGCCGGUGCAGAGGGCAGGCAAGGGGAGAAGGGCGCAAAGGGUGAAGCAGGUGCAGAGGGCCCAGCCGGAAAAACAGGACCAGUUGGACCCCAGGGACCUGCAGGAAAGCCUGGUCCAGAGGGUCUACGUGGAAUCCCUGGCCCUGUUGGUGAACAAGGACUGCCCGGCGCCCCAGGACAAGAUGGUCCACCAGGUCCAAUGGGCCCUCCUGGUCUUCCUGGUCUUAAAGGUGACCCUGGGUCGAAAGGUGAAAAGGGUCAUCCUGGUUUAAUCGGUUUGAUCGGACCUCCUGGAGAGCAGGGAGAGAAGGGAGACCGAGGUCUGCCCGGACCCCAGGGGGCUCCUGGUGGAAAGGGCGACUCUGGUAUGAGUGGAACUGCUGGUCCCCUCGGCCCUCCAGGCCCUCCUGGUCUACCUGGUCCUCAAGGUCCAAAGGGAGCUAAGGGUUCAAGUGGCCCUGCUGGUCCGAAGGGAGACACUGGUUUAAUAGGUCCUCCAGGGCCCCCUGGACCACCAGGGGAGGUUAUUGAGCCCCUCCCCAUUCGGUCACCGAAAAAGAGCAAACGCUCGGCUGACAUGCCGUCGGACACGGCUGGCACUAUCAUGGAUUAUGGCGAAGGCAUGGAAGACAUCUUUGGCUCGCUCAACAGCCUCAAACAGGACAUUGAACGCAUGAAAUACCCCAUGGGCACGCAAAAUAACCCGGCCAGGACGUGCAAAGACCUCCAGCUCUGCCACCCAGAGUUCCCUGAUGGCGAGUACUGGAUUGAUCCCAACCAGGGCUGCUCUGGAGAUUCCUUCAAAGUUUACUGUAACUUCACAGCCGGAGGUGAAACCUGCAUCUAUCCAGAUAACAAGUCCAGUGGAGUCAGAAUAUCCUCGUGGCCCAAAGAAGUCCCAGGUUCAUGGUUCAGUGAAUUUAAGCAUGGAAAAACACUUAACUAUGUCGACGCGGACGGAAACUCAAUAAACAUGGUUCAAAUGACCUUCCUCAAACUACUGACGGCAUCAGCCAGGCAAAACUUUACCUACCACUGUCACCAGUCUGUGGCGUGGCAUGACGCUUCCAGUGACAGCCAUGAGAGGGCGCUACGGUUUUUGGGCGCCAACGAUGAGGAGAUGUCUUUUGACAACAACCCGUAUAUUACAGCCAUCGCAGAUGGAUGCGAGACAAGGAACGGGUACGGAAAGACUGUGUUGGAGCUGAACACUCCCAAAAUUGAUCAGGUUCCAAUUGUCGACGUCAUGUUCAAUGACUUUGGAGACCCUAACCAGAAGUUUGGAUUUGACGUCGGACCCGUCUGCUUCCUCGGAUAAAUGAAAAUGAUAGUUUAAAACGAAGGACUCUAUGGGGACAGCAAAGAAAGUCAAGUUGAGACAUUCUGGUUUCCACCAAAACCCAGUUGUAGCCCCUUCCCCCACACCCUUAUCCAUGCCACAUGCAAGUUUUGAAAAAGAGAUGGUGUAGCAAACGAGUCUUUCAGUGUACGUACGUGAAACCCCGGAAGGUCCAUGUAGGGCUCAAAACCACAUGACUUAACCCCGUUUUACGGAGUAAAGGACAAUGAAACACGUGGCGGAGGAGGGUGGAUCGGACAAAACCAUCGAAAAGCAGGGGUAGGGGGAAACAGCUGUCCUCUCGGGAUUCUCCAGGUGCUGUAUGAACAAGACUACAACGGUCAAAACGUGCAAAAAUAAGGUGUAUAAAAAAGGUGCUAAGAACGAAGGUAUACUUUGAUAAUUAAUAAAAACAAAUAAAACUGUAAUUCUUAUUGUGUACAAUACUGUUUUUUCUAAAUCCAAUUUCAAAACUUGCAUGUGUAUCCGUUUCUCUUUAGUUUUCAGUGUUGGUUCAAAGACAUGCAAUGUAAGUUAAAAACAUCAUUAAAUACAAUAAAUGUAAUAUCUCGAUAUUGUUCUAUUUUUUAUUUUUUUUUGUCCUUAGAAAGCAAAAAAUUGCUAAAUAAGACCGCAAACCUUGUGUAUAUAUUUCUAGUCCACAGCUUGAGGUUGUUUGCUGUUUUUCCUUUGUGGCUAUAAAAGGUUAAAACACCUGGAAAUGUCAUACUGGCAAAAAUACGGCAACAUCCCCCACUAAUCUUUGUGUUUUCGCCCCAAAGCGAUAUCAAUUUCCUUUAUUUAAUUUUAUUUUCUUUUUUUCUGCCCUAUUUUUAUUUUGGACAGGCUUUUAUUUUGGUUGUAUACCUCAAAACGUUCUUGAUAACCUAUAACAAUUCAAGGAUGUUAUCCCCUGUAUAUACCUUGGUUAAACAAUUAAGUUUAUAUAUUUUGGGUGGGGACAUUUUUUUAAGGGACAAAUAACUGCUUGACAUCCACUGUUGGGAUCCUUCUGUGAAUGCGAUGAUGAGACACCCUUGCGCUGACCCAUUUUUGUAACUAAAAAUAAGAAAAUGUUUUAAUGUGCUUUUUAUAGUUCAUUUAAAUAUUAAAAAAGGAAAGGAUAAAAAAAGAAAUGGAUUCUAAACAACGGUGAAGUGAAUGUCUCCAUGAUGUGUGUAAGAUGAUUUUAGAUCUACCUACUGUACAUGUCAGAUGCUUUAAAUCAAAGAUAUGUUUCAUCGUCUUUAAGAUACUGGGCUGGUGCAAUUCCAUCUCUCAAGAAACCAAUAAAGUACAAUCUCUCACAGUAAAAAAA